AUGACCCUAGACUCAGUUUACGGCGUUGCGUUCAGAUCUGUCGCCACGGCAGACGAGAGCGCAUACAGAAACGCCAUCAAAUUCUACCACAAGCUCGGCUUUUCCACCGUCAAGACCUACGACAAGUUCAGAGGUACCAAGCAGACGACUCCUUCGUCGGGAACCGCUCAGGGCUCCAUCAAAGAAACAUGGCUAGAGAGUUUCAAGCUUUCAGAAGUCGACAACAAUGGAUUCCGUAUCCCUCAACAGGAAGCGUCGAAUCACGAACAGAGUGACGGUGCUCUUUUGAAAAUCAGACUCGUAACCGACGAGCCCUUCCAAGCAGGUGAAUCCAGCAUUACGUACUACAGUGCUGAGCCAGAACACAUUGCCCAAGUUCUUCCAGAGGCGCAGAAGCUUGAAAGUGGUGAGUUUGUCGCCAGCGACCCUCUAGGCAACGAAGUUCGCUUCUCAUCUUUCGUCAGAGCCGGCGACAAGGAAGCUGUGGGUAAGGAAUUCUUCUUGGAUGAGUCCAAAACUCCAGCCCAUUACCUCAAGCCCGACCACAGCGCUACUUCGUCCACUUCUGCCACAAACGACCCUACUUUGACUAACAACAAGGGCGAAAUCAAGAGAAAAAUCGCCGUGAUGACCUCUGGUGGUGACUCUCCCGGUAUGAACUCCGCAGUUCGUGCCGUUGUCAGAGCCGGUAUUUACUACGGCUGUGACGUUUUCGCCGUCUACGAAGGUUACGAAGGUUUGCUGCAAGGCGGAGACCUGCUCCGCAAGAUGGAAUGGCAGGACGUCAGAGGCUGGCUCAGCGAGGGUGGUACCUUGAUCGGUACUGCUCGUUGCAUGGGUUUCAGAGAACGCAAGGGCCGUAAACAGGCCGCUGCCAACCUGAUCACUGAAGGUAUCGAUGCCCUUGUUGUGUGUGGGGGUGACGGUUCGUUGACAGGUGCCGAUUUGUUCAGAUCUGAGUGGCCCUCUUUGGUCGAAGAACUCGUGAACGACGGCGUUUUCACCGCCGAGCGCGUUGAACCAUACAGAAACCUAAAGAUUGUGGGCCUUGUUGGUUCCAUUGACAACGACAUGUCCGGUACAGACUCUACUAUUGGUGCCUACUCCGCUUUAGAGAGAAUCUGUGAAAUGGUCGACUACAUUGACGCCACCGCCAAAUCUCACUCCAGGGCUUUCGUUGUUGAAGUGAUGGGAAGACAUUGCGGUUGGUUGGCCUUGAUGGCCGGUAUCGCCACUGGUGCUGAUUACAUUUUCGUUCCUGAAAGAGCCGCUACCGCAGGAAAAUGGCAAGCAGAACUACAAAAAGUGUGCCAAGCCCACAGAGACAAGGGUCGCAGAAACAACACUGUUAUCGUCGCCGAAGGUGCUCUUGACAACAACUUGAAGCCAAUCACUGCUGAAGAAGUCAAGGAUGCUUUGGUCGAACUCGGUUUGGACACCAAGAUCACUACCCUAGGACACGUCCAAAGAGGUGGCACUGCUGUUGCUCAUGACAGAUGGCUAGCAACUCUGCAAGGUGUUGAUGCCGUCAAAGCCAUUUUGGAAAUGACCCCAGAAACUCCAUCUCCGCUAAUUGGUAUUUUGGAAAAUAAGAUCAUCAGAAUGCCUUUGAUGGAAUCCGUGAAACUCACCAAGAGUGUGGCUGAUGCUAUUGAAAGCAAAGACUUCGAUAAAGCCAUUUCUCUACGUGAUACCGAAUUCAUUGAACUGUACGAAAAUUUCAUCUCCACCACCGUUAACGACGAUGGCUCCGAGAUGCUACCCGAGAACGAACGAUUGAACGUUGCUAUUGUUCACGUCGGAGCUCCAUCUGCUGCUUUGAACGCGGCAACUCGUGCUGCCACAUUGUACUGUUUGUCGCGUGGACACACCCCAUCGGCCAUUUUGAAUGGUUUCAGCGGUUUGAUUCAAACUGGUGAGGUGAAAGAGCUAUCUUGGAUCGAUGUCGAAAACUGGCACAAUCUUGGUGGUUCUGAAAUCGGAACCAACAGAUCUGUUGCCAGCUCUGACAUGGGUUCGAUCGCUUACCAUUUCCAAAAGAACAAAUUCGAUGGUCUAAUUAUCCUAGGUGGUUUCGAGGGUUUUAAGUCCUUGAAAGAGUUGCGUGACGCUCGUGCUCAAUACCCAAUUUUCAACAUCCCUAUGGUCUUGAUUCCAUCGACUGUAUCGAACAACGUUCCAGGUACUGAGUACUCUUUGGGUGUUGACACAUGUCUAAACUCUUUGGUCAACUACACUGACGCUAUCAAGCAAUCUGCCUCUGCUACCAGAAGAAGAGUCUUCGUUGUUGAAGUACAAGGUGGUCACUCUGGCUACAUCGCGUCUUUCACCGGUUUGGUCACAGGUGCCGUGUCUGUGUACACGCCAGAAGAUGAAAUCGACUUGAAGAGCAUCAGAGAAGAUCUAGCGCUACUGAAGGAGAACUUCCGUCAUGACCAGGGAGAAACCCGUAACGGUAAGCUAGUGAUCAGAAACGAGCAAGCUUCUUCGAUCUACACCACUGAGCUGCUGUGUGACAUCAUUGCUGAGGCCUCGGGCAACAAGUUUGGUGUCAGAACUGCCAUUCCUGGCCACGUCCAGCAAGGUGGUGUUCCAUCGUCUAAGGACCGUGUUACAGGUUCCAGAUACGCUGUGAAGUGUGUCAAGUUCAUUGAAGCAUGGAACAAAAAGAACUCAGACGAGCAGAACGAGGACUUCAAGAUUUUGAGAUUCAAGUACGUGAACGGCGUCAAGGAAUUCACACUACAUGACGAGGACGCUUCAGCUGCCAUCAUCGCAGUAAACGGAUCUCACAUUUCCUUCAAGCCAAUUGCUCACUUGUGGAGCGAAGAGACUAACGUUGAGUUGAGAAAAGGCCAUGAAGUUCACUGGGAAGAAUUUAACAAGAUCGGAGAUAUGCUUUCCGGAAGAUGCAACCUUAGAAAAGAAGUCGGCGCUGAUGACAGUGCCUAA